AAUGGCGUUCAGCCCACCAAGCCAGCCCUCAGUGCUCUCAAGCAACGCAGUGACUUCACCCUCAUGGCCAAGUGAGUCCAACUGCCAGCGCCACUCCCACCAAUCUCACCCAAAGAGCCAGCCAACCUGUUUACAGUACACAACCCCAUUUUCUCAGGGGUGUCGCUGACACCUGUGUGUCUGAUUGAAGUUUAGUAAAUAGCCAGUUAUUGUUGUGUUGCUGUUAGUUUCUCCAUGGUGUUUAGUAAAUAGCCAGUUAUUGUUGUGUUGCUGUUAGUUUCUCCAUGGUGUUUUGAUCACAUUGUAGCUUAGUGUGAUCUUUUUGGAAUGUAGGCUGCUCUUUUCUGUUAUCUUAUCAUCUUACCUUACAAAUCAAAUUUGAUUGGUCGCAUACACAUAUUUAGCAGAUGUUAUUGCAGGUGCAGUGAAAUGCUUAUGUUCCUAGCUCCAACAGUGCAGUAAUACCUAAAAAUACAAAACACAUUCAUCUAAAAAAUAUGAAAUAUCAGAACGAGCAAGGUCUGAGUCCGGAAUAUAAAUAUAUAUGUAUAUAAUGGUGUGUAUAGACAGUAUGGAAUAUAAAUAUAUAUGUAUGCAUACAAUGGUGUGUAUUGACAGUAUAUGAAUAGAAAAUGUGUGUACAGCAGUAGUUAUAUAGGAUGAGCCUUGACUAGAAUACAGUAUAUACAUAUGAAGUGGGUAAAACAGUAUGUGUUCCAUGACUAUGUACAUAGCGCAGAGGUCUCUAAGAUCCAGGGUAGAGUACCUGCACCUUCAUGCAGCUAUGCACAUGCGUUAGCAGAUUCCUUUCACUGUUUUGAUGUUUAGUCCUAUGACUGUGAUGCCAAUCUCCUGUUCUGUUUAACCCUUCAGGAGAAUAGGGGAAGACUUGAGUAAAACGUUUGCUAAACUAGAGAAACUCACUAUAUGUAAGUAUAUGUCAAUAUUUAUGUUUUAACGUUUGGCAUGAAUAGCAAUUUUGAAUAACUUGUUAUGUCAAAGUUAUGCGUAUAUGACUGUUUUGACCUUUUCAGUGGCUAAAAGAAAAUCUCUAUUUGAUGACAAGGCAGUGGAGAUUGAGGAGUUAACCUACAUCAUCAAGCAGGUGAGAUUUUUUAUUUUAUUGACACAGAUACCGUAAAAGCAGUCGGCUGUCUCUCGUCAUGAAUUAUAAAUGGCAAACACGAUGACUAGUCCGUCAGGUGGAAUCUCGUCAAAAGGCAAACCUAGCUGUUUUAGUGGGCGCAGUCUGUCUAUUACACUGCUGUUCCCUGUUUGACUCUUCUCUUCUGUAUGUCUCCCUCUAUUCCCCCUCUUAGGACAUUAACAGCCUGAACAAGCAGAUAGCCCAGCUGCAGGAUCUGAUCCGUUCACGUGGAGCGCCCAGUGGCAGACACAUCCAGACCCAUUCCAACACCAUCGUCGUCUCCCUGCAGGUCUUACUGCCAGUGCCUCUCUACUGCAUUAUGUAACUGAUGUGGAUGAGUAAAAUGAUGUAGCCAUAUGAAACCUGAGGCUUUAAUAAUCAACAAUCACGUUUUUUUGUUUUUUUGCAGUCCAAACUGGCGUCUAUGUCCAAUGACUUCAAGUCAGUUCUAGAAGUAAGAACAGAGGUAAGAUUCACUGGAACUUCCGGCCACUGGAACUUUCUGCCAUUGAACCUCAAGAAUUCUAAUAAUUCUAGUUUACAUUUAUCGUUCUCUCUCUCGUUCUCUCGUUCUCUCGAUGCCUCUCUCUCUAGAACCUGAAGCAGCAGAAGAGCAGAAGAGAACAGUUCUCUCAGCCUCCUGUCUCUUCUUCUCCUCUCCUCGCCAACAACUUCAGUAAGAUAAAACACCAUGUUUACCUCACCUUCAGCCUCUCAUUCCUACACCAGAUAACUUCACGAAUGUCUCUUUGAAUUUCAAACACAGAACUUUAUUUUCUCUUCUUUCUAACUGACCAUCUCAUCUGCCAGAGAGUUCAGUGUUGAUGCAGGAUGAGUCCAGGAAUAUGGGGGGUGAGGUGGCCAUCGACAUGGACAACCAGUCUAACCCUCUACAGCUCCAGCUCAUUGAUGAGCAGGUACAAACACUUUAUUAUCACUUGUAUUGUGUGUGUGUCUGUCAGUGUUACUAUAAUGUUGUUUCUCUGUGGUGUAGGACUCGUACAUCCAGAGCCGUGCAGACACCAUGCAGAACAUUGAGAGCACCAUCGUAGAGCUGGGCUCCAUCUUCCAGCAGCUGGCUCACAUGGUGAAGGAGCAGGAGGAGACAGUACAGAGGUGAGGGAGGUGAGGGAGGGGAGGGGAGGGAGGGAGGGGGGAGGGAGGGAGGGAGGAGGGGGAGGGAGGGAGGGGGAGGGAGGGAGGGAGGGAGGGGGAGGAGGGAGGGGGAGGGGAGGGAGGAGGGGAGGGAAGGGAGGGAGGGAGGAGGGAAGGGAGGGAGAGGGGAGGGGAGGGAGGUGAGGAAGGAAGAACAGAGGAGAAACUUUGAGAUGCUUAAGCACUGCCAGAUCUUUCUCUAAAGCCCUAUGUGUGUGUUCCUGUCCUCCUCUGUAGGAUUGAUGCUAACGUGGAGGACACCCAGCUCAACGUGGACAUGGCUCACACAGAGAUCCUCAAGUACUUUCAGUCUGUGUCCUCCAACCGCUGGCUCAUGGUCAAGAUCUUCCUCGUCCUCAUCGUGUUCUUCAUCGUCUUCGUGGUCUUCCUCGCCUGA